CUCCUCGACAUUCCAGAGCCAUUUCCCAGCCAUUCCUGAACAAAUCAAUUCCCCGAUGAUAACCGUCACCGGUUAGUUGCGGAGCGCUCCGCGGACGGCGCCGCCAUCGCGGGCUCGGAACGUGGCGAGGUUAGUACACGCGCCAAUCGAUACACGAUGUUUCCUGCAACCGAUGAAAAUGUCAUCAGAGUACGCGACUAAUCCUCUCGGGCUCGCGGAAGCCCCUUCGACAUCGUCGAGGACAGUAUCCGUGCCGAAAUUCCAGUGAAAAAUGCGCAAAAACGACUCGUCGCGUAUCGCGGGUUUGGUGCGUGUCGACGUUUCUUCGUUCGUUCGGAACGGGACCCGUUAACGGUCGACGAGGUCAUCGAGGGAAUACCAUCUAGUUGAACGAGAACAUCAACGUUGUGGAUGCUGUCUGAGCACCGUUCACUGUGCUCAUUCCAUCGUUCAAAACGACCUGGGGGACCGAGAGGACUCCGGGAGGUGUCUGCCGGCGAGAGAGAGACAGGAGCGCAGGAGAAUUCGGACCGCUUCAUCCCCCGGAAAUAAAUCCUUACCAGAUGAUUGCUGGCAGUGAUGCCCUCGUCGGAGGAGGAAAGCCAGUGGCUUGUCGGGAGCAGCGGCGGUGGCAUGGGAUCGACGGGAUUAAGGGGAUCGAGCACCGCAAUUGCGAACGCUACGGCAGCCGGAGGGAUCGGGGAACGAUCUAUGACAACUAGAGGCGGCCUUUACACCGAGGAGAUGACGUCCCAACCGGCAAGUGCGUCUCCCGCCGCGGCUGGCGUCAGUGCCCCGCCUGACUCGGCCGAGCGCGACCUCAUCGAUUCGUCUACUGACGCUACGCUGCUCGCCCAGUUCCACGAGGAUGCCAUUAGUCAAGCAGGCGUCGGUUACUUUCAACUGCUUGCUGCUCUUUGUACCGGUCUCAGCCUUGCUGCUGAUACGGUCGAGUUCUUUGUUGUGCCGUACAUAUUGCCUAGCGCAGAGGUCGAAUUGUGUAUCGAAGAUAACGAGAAAGGAUGGCUCGGAAAUAUUACCCUUGUCGGUCUUGCUAUUGGCGCCUUGGGAUGGGGUGGUCUUGGAGACAGACUCGGCAGACGGCGAGCUUUACUUUCUGCCAUGGCCGUUCAUACACUUUUCAGCAGUGUUGCUGCGUUCAUGCCAACUUACGGUACCUUCAUGACAGCUAGAUUGUGUUCAGCACUCGGAGUAGGAGGAUCAGUGCCCUUGACUUUUGCUUAUUUGGCCGAGUGCUGUCCAAGAUCGAGUAGGAGCCGCUGGAUUGGAGCACUGGUAGCAGCUGGUGCUCUUGGUGGCGUAUAUGCAGCUCUUCUCGCAUGGGCAAUUGUUCCGACUACUGGUGAAAUGGUUGUCCUCGAGAAUAAGGAACAUUUCAGUGCAUGGCAUAGGUUCCUUCUUUUGUGUUGCCUUCCAGCACUCUGUGCUACCAUUGGGCUCGUUUUUCUACCAGAGAGUCCUAGGUAUCUCAUUGAGGCUGGACGUGACGUGGAGGCGAUGAUGGUCUAUCAGAGAAUAUACAAAAGGAAUAAUACUCGAAAGGGUGCAGCAGGUGCCCAAUACCAACUGUCCGAAUUGGAAUUACCUAGCAAGAGGCCACGUGGCUUAGCACCAUCGUCUCCGGUGUCUCACGUCAGUGUGUUAGCAGACAUUAUGUACUCUAUUGAAAUGUUUUGGAAUUCCUUUUUGGAACUGUUUUCAACUUUACAUCUACGAGUGACGGUUGUACUUUUAAUCAUUUGGUCGACAACGGCGUUUGGUCUUUACGGUUUGAUGGUAUGGUGCCCAGAAUAUCUGAAAUUACUUCGAGCCACCGAGUACGAGGCACAAAAAAAGAUUUUGAUCGGAGAGGAGCACAGUGGCAAAACGUUCAAUGGUUCCUUAGAAAACCGGCAGUACAAGAAUUCGAAGUUUUUUAAUUGCAAAUUUACGAAGAUGAUAUUUAGCCACGUUGACUUUGACAACUGUACCUUCCAAUCGGUAGAGUUUGGCAGUAUAAAAUCCAGUAAGACUCACUUCACGGACAGCGUCAUUGUGGACUCGAAAUUUGUGGACACCGAUCUCUCCGCCCAGGUGUUUAUAAGAUGCCGACUGGAGAAUAACACCGAGCUGAGCCUCAGCGGUCCAUGCCCGACCCUUGACCUGGACUACAACAUCUACAUCGAGGAGGCUUUACACGGCCACCUCGCUGCCCAGUUGGCUUUCGUUCCUGCGGCAUUUCUCGCCGGUCUGGCUCUUUCGGUUGUUCAGCGACCAAAGAUGAUCGGGAUAUCGUUGUUCUUCUCCUCCGUCGCCGCGUUGUGCCUGACCUUAGUCAAUUCGAACAGCUCCGCAGUCCUCGGUUUCGAAGGGGGAUUCAUCGCGGUGUUUGCCGUUGCCUGGACUUCGAUGACUCUGGCCACCAUCGAAAGCUUCCCUACCCACCUGAGGUGCACCGGAUUCGGAGUACUGGCAGCCGCCGUGAGGAUAUCUGGCCUGAUUGGCACCGCCUCCUACAGGACGCUGGUCAGCGCCCCGCUGGUCGCCCCGGCACUUCUUACCGGGAUAGCGUUGCUCAUCGCCAGCGUGAGCGUGCUAAAGUUGCCGCACACCCACACGGUCUUCUUAUAAGCCGUCCUCGAGGUCUCCGCCGAGCUGUCCGCGAGCUCUCCCCGAAGAGACCCACGACGAAUGGACGUCAAGCAAUCGCCAUCCGGAAAUCGCACAUCGGGGAGAAGUCUUUUGGCCUCCCCCGGGGACUAGGGGAACGCCGUCGAGUCGUUCGGAGGACCACCCGAGGGAGAAUCCACUACCAAUCCUAGGACUCGUAACGACGUCGUCUUCGAUUCCUCAGAUCCAUGAGAAUCGGGAUUCAGUGUGUCCCCAAGUGUUUACUGUGAAAAACAUUGAGAACGUUCCCUCGAGGGAGGACAAUUUUGGCGCCCUGACGACGACUCCCUCGAGACGUUCGAGCGAGGUGGCGUCCGUGGAACAUUGUCGGACGGAUGUUUAUCCGAGGAUGGAUCGACAAACCGGAGCACAAAGAGGAUUGGGAGACUAGUUCGUCUCUAAACCUCUGCGAGCAGUCUCGGCGAGCGGCUCGAUUCGGUGGCAGGACGCGACCGGGACAACCCUCUUUCCAGUUUUCCAGAGAUAUAUUUAGGGGACUAUUUUGUUAUUAAAUCGGCCACGAGCCACGGUCAAUUCUCGACGAGAUCUUUAGUCGGAGGCACGGGGAAAACGGUCGCGUUACUCCUUGGAGGCUGACGACGUGGCUCUCGAUCGCCGUCGUUAUCCGAUACGCUCAAAUGCCGAAUGUCUGGUUCCCUCCUAUUGGAGUCGGUCUCUCUCCGCGACGAGACGGGAGCUGAUGCGAACCUUCCUUGUCGCUGACUUUAGUCUAAAUCGAAGAGGCUCUCGUAGGACCUUUGUCCUCUAUCUCUCGAAUCCUCGAGGUCUGACGGGGCUGACAAAAGUCGAAAUCUUUCGGAAAACGGCGCGAGUGACCGCUCCUCGUGAGAUCCAGUUUUUUGCCUCGCGCCGGGCGCACCGCCGAGCAUAACUAAAACGCUUUCCUAUACUCGUUUCCUAGUUGGCGUUCAGUAACGAUAGAGUGAAAUUAUUUUUCUAUAAUGCAUCACGUGACAAUGAAUUUUCUAGUCGGGUCCCGAAGAGAUUUCAAGGGUUUGCGCUGGGCGACCGCGACGUCGGAUCCCCGAAUGCCUUCGAGGAGGUGCCGUGGUCUAUCGUCGAGCACUUUCCGAAGACGUGAUCGAAGAGGCGAUCCUUGUCGAGCUCGGGGGUUCCUUCAACCCCUGGCCGAUCCCAUUGUCGAGCAGCUUCCGAUUGGUUUACCGAUUUAACGAGGAAUCACGCCCUGCGAUUUAUUGUCGCUGCUCCUGGUCGUCUUCCUCGGCACGGAUCGCCUCGGUUAAAUGUAAGCUUGUUGGCCCUGUAUCUAAAAAUUAAUUGCCUGUAGGUACUACUUUACCCGACAUAUCAUACAAUUAUUACGCGCGAGCAAUAAUAGCUCAACUAGAUUAUUAACUAGCGUACGUAUAUACAUACUUAUGUAUAUGUAUAAAUAGCAUGUAUUACGUGGAAGGGCAAGCCGAAGGGAAACCUGAUCUGCGUCAAAGGGAGCGGGACGAAUGUCCAUUUUGGGCAAUGUUCUUUCUUGUAAGAAUGUAUUGGCGUUGUGCCGCAGUUGUGACAAAUCGACGACUCUUGGCGGGAUCUCCGAGGCUCUGUUUUCCUUCAUCGAAUGUAUCGGGAAUCAUGGAAAGAAAAGCUCCUUGACCUCGAGGCAGUAAAUCGCCGUUUGAUCGAUUCGGUGUUGUCUGGUCGACGCGCUGUAUGUUACUGAUAUUAUUUUUUACAUAUAUAUCUGGUAAAAAUCCCCCGGUGAAGAUUGCGCAUAUUUUAUAACGUUACUCGAAUAUACAAGUCGACCGGAGACAACUGAUUUUCAUUUCCGGAAACGGGUUAUUGUUUAAUUUGCCGGAUAGUUUUUAACCAAGCCAAUCCUACCGAGAGUCGAUUACUCUUCUUUAUCUGGUCUUCGCCAGCUGAGAUUGUCUGUGUAACGAUCGAUAAGUCUAUUUAGGAAAUCAAUCGAGUCGCCUGUUAGACGUUAUUCUUCCCUUUCUUUUUUCUUUCUUUCUUUUUCUUGUAGAGAAUGAUCCUCUAAGUCUAAUUUUAAUUCAGCCCCGGCGCUGAAGUCGACGACUUGAGAUUGCAAUUGCAGUUUCGGUGACGCUUUCGAUAUCUAUUAAAGGACGGAUUUUUUCCGCCAGUGGGUCGCACUUUUUUUAUUUAGACCCGGUUAAUGUAGACGCGACCGAGGAAUGUUAUGAAAAUAUAUUCAAAUGUCCUUUUCUACUCGGUAACAAUCAAGGUGGUACGACAAGGUAGAGGCUUAACGGCGAAUUGACUUGCCCUUGAGACUGUAUUACCAGAGAAGGAUUUAAAAAAGCUGUAUAUUCAUCAUUGCCAUUUGCUUGUACAACGAUAUCCCUUAACGAUCUUGGCAAGAUUUUAAAAACGAUACGUAGACGAAUCCUUUUUGUCGCACCGCUUUGGCCUAUCUUGAGAGCUGAUUUAAUUGUACUCUAGUCCAAGUAUUUUUUUUUCUUUCUUUUUUUCCUCCUUUUUUUUUACACAGAAGUCAAAGUGUUAUACAAGGCUUUGCGUUCGUUUAUCUAGCUUGGGAACUACGUAACCAUAAGUCUGUUUCGUUUGCAGCUUCGCGAUGUCAUGUAAUGCAAGCGUGACUGAUCUCCUCGAAGGGGAUUUGAUUUUAUAAAACUAUACCCUAAUCUAUCGUUGCGAUUUCUUCAUCGAUCUCAAUGCUUCGUAUCAGAGGUUUCCUUUAAGUUAUGGAGCGGAUUAUUCGCGACGCAAUAAAAACGGAAACAUUCACGAAAAA